AUGGCGCGACCCGAAGCACAGGUGGUCUAUGGAAACGUCUGCAUAUCGUGCAAUGAGCUCCGCGAGGCCAUGUCGUUCAUCGCCGCCGACGAGGGCCAGUUCGGGCGCGAGAAAUUCGGCAGAGUACGGCCACGGCUGCUGAAGUCGUGGUCAUUUGAAUUUGCGAGGGACAGGUCUGUGGUGGAGCGAGAAUGGUUAUCCGAGCGGAUGUGGAAACUGCGCAUGGUGAUGAUGAGCAUCCAGCGGGGCCAGAGGCGGACCGAUUCGCCUCUAGAUGCGGAUGAUGCGCUGCAGCCACUUCUCUUGGUGUCAAAAGUCGAGCACACGGAGGAGAAAGAUCGCAUGUACCAGGACUUUUCGGCCGAGCUGAUGUCGGAAGGCAGUGAAAGGCGCCACCGUGCACAUAAUGCCAGGGCCGCCCUCUGGAAGACCAUCGUGGGGAACACCCCGGCGGAGGGCGGCACGCAAGCCCCGGACGAGGACUCAUGGCUCCUAAACCCGACCGUCUGGUUCGGGGACGUGGCCGGGGUCUAUACCAACGGCUUCGGCCUCAAGGAGGUCAUGGGCCGCAAUAGGGGCUUGCUUCUCUGA